AUGGAUAUCAUUGCUAGUACAGAUGUUGGUGGAAUUGUUUUUGUAUUAGUUGGUUACGGAAGUGGAAAUUUCAGAACAACAAUGAAGUUUUCAAUUGAUUAUUAUCUGAAUCGGAUGAUUGUCGCUGAUAUCAAUAACGAUAAACACCUAGAUAUUAUCACCGGCAGCUCUGAUAAGUGCAUAAGUAUACUACAUGGUUAUGGCAAUGGAAGUUUCGCACCGCCGAUAAGUUUUCCAAUUAGCGGUGUUUCAUAUGGAGUGGCUGCCGCUCAUAUCAAUGGUGAUAACUAUAUGGAUAUCAUCGUAUUAGCUACUUCCGUUUGUAACGUGUUCCUAAGCUAUGGCAACGGAAGCUUUACAUUGGAAAUGCCUUUGGAGACUAAAGCGCAUUCAUUUGGACUAGCUGUCGAUGAUUUUAACGGUGAUAACCAUAUUGAUGUUGCUGUAACUUCGAUCGGGGAUAAUGUUGUGAAUGUUUUUCUCGGAUACGGGAAUGGAACUUUUCGAACACCAAUUUCCUCGUCAACCGGUACUGCCCCAUCCGCAAUUGCUGCCGGAGAUUUCAACGGCGAUCAAAAGAUGGAUCUCGCAAUUGCUAGCUGUGUAACUGACAACGUGUACGUCUUACACGGAUUUGGUGAUGGCAGUUUUAGUGAACAGAUGACUUAUUCGACUCCAUCGUGUCCGGAAUUCAUAGCUAUCGAUGAUAUCAAUAAUGACAGCUACUUGGAUCUUGUUAUCGCUAACAGAGAUAAUAAUACUUUCAGUAUAUUUUUGGGGCAUGGUAAUGGAACUUUUGGAACACAAAUGACUUUUCCCACUGGUAGCGGACCGGACACUCUUACUGUUGGUGAUUUCAAUCGUGAUGAUCGACUCGAUGUAGCCGCUGCCGGCUAUAGCAGUGGAACUAUCGAUAUUUCUCUCAACAUAUGUUAA